CAUUGGCGUUUUGGCGCAAUUUUAGUUUUUGGAGGGAAACUGCAUCUAGUGAAAAAUCGUGGCCAGUUGUAAUUCGAGCAGCGCGCUGCCACGACGUGGUCAAAAGAUAAAAAUAAAAAUUAACCAAGACUAGUGAUUAAUAGCCAUCUUACAUACGUGUGCCCAAUAUUCAGCAAAGAGGGAACCCGCGCUGCAAAUAUUUCAACCAGCCUCUAUUGCAAUUAGGAAUAAAUACAAUGGCCCAGCCAUCGGUAGCUGCAUUCUUCACCAACCGCAAACGUGCCGCCUUGGAUGAUGCCACCAGCAUCAAGAACCGGCGUCUGGCGGAACCAGCCGAAACAGUCGACCCCGCCCCCUCACAGCUGCCCGCCGGCAACCAGGAUGAGGAUGCGGAUAUGGACAACCUCAAGGCCAUGGCCAGCGGCAUUCGCACCCGAUCCGGACGCACUACCCGCUUAAUAGUGACCGCCGCCCAGGAGAGCGGGAAAAAGAAGACUCCUUCGGCCGGGAAAAUGGAGGCCCACAUCAAGCAGCCCAAGCUGGUGCAGUUCAUCAAGAAGGGCACUCUGUCGCCCCGGAAACAGGCCCAGUCCAGCAAGCUGGACGAGGAGGAGCUGCAGCAGCAGUCAUCGGAGCAGACGCCCAAGGUGAACUUCACCAUCACCAGCCAGCAGAAUGCGGACAAUGUGCAGCGUGGCCUGCGCACGCCCACCAAGCAGAUCCUCAAGGAAGCCUCGCCCAUCAAGGCGGAUCUGCGCCGUCAGCUCACCUUCGACGAGGUGAAGACGAAGGUCUCGCGCAGCGCCAAGCUGCAGGAGCUAAAGGCAGUGCUAGCCAGGAAGGCGGCCCUCGAGCAGAAGCGCAAGGAGCAGGAGGAGCGCAACCGGAAGCUCCGAGAAGCCGGCCCCUCGCCCUCCAAGUCGAAGAUGAGCGUGCAGCUCAAGGAGUUCGACACUAUCGAGCUGGAGGUGCUUACAAGCCCCUUAAAGACCUUUAAGACGCCUACAAAACUGCCGCCGCCCACUCCGGACAAACAUGAGCUUAUGUCGCCGCGCCACACGGACGUCUCCAAGCGCCUGCUCUUCAGUCCGGCCAAAAACGGAUCCCCGGUCAAGUUGGUGGAGGUUCCGGCCUACAAGCGCUAUGCCAGCUUGGUGGAAACCAGCCGGGCCGGCCAACUUCCCUUGCCGUACAAAUACCGGCACUUGCUGGACGUGUUCAAGGGCCUCGACUCCGUGGUGGCCAUGUUCCACAACCGCAAGGAGACCAUCACCUACAAGAAGCUGAAGCCCGCAGUGCAACGCAUGCUGCGCAAGAACUUCACCGAGACCCAUUUGGCCCAGAUCAAGCACGUCUAUCCGGAGGCCUUUAUCUUCAGCCAGGUUAAGACGCGCAACUUUGGAUCCGUGUCCAAGGCGGACUACUUCCAGCUGAUCAUCAGCCCCAAUGUGGAGCCACUGCCAGAGCAGCAGCAGUCGGAGAAACCACAACGCUUCGGCAAGGUCGACGAGGACGAUGUGCUCGCGUCGGCCCAGUCGACGUCCAUGAAUCCACACGUCAUGACGGCCCGCAUGCAGCGCUUCCAGAGCCUGCUGCUCGAGCGGGUGAUGCGGGCACACGACCAGUUCCUGCGCUCCCAGGAUCCACCGAUCAUCAUCGAGAAGGCACUGACCCGCUGGCAUCCGCAGUUCGAUCUGGAGAGCUGUCCAGAGGUGGAGCUGGCCCCGCUGCCCCAGCCGCCGAAUGUGGAGAAGUACUCCUCGGCCAAGGAUAUUCUAUCCACCGCCCGAAAUCUUUUCAACUGCGCCACGCCCAUGGAGAGAGCUAUGGAUCGCUAUGAGGCCAAAUUGGAGGCAGACAAACAGGCGGCUGAAGGCAAUAAGAAGGCAGAGGAGCAGCCACCAGGAGUAGUAACCACGGCAAGUACGGGAACUCAGGCAAGUAAGGAGGUGCCUGGAACCUCAAGAUCGCCAGACAAACCAGCUGUCCCUGAAACCACCGACCAAACAGCAACUGCCAAGCCGACGGUGAAGGAGUGCACCGCACCUGAUGCCGGCUCCAAUCUACUGAAGGGCCUGCCAAAGUCGCUGAUCGAUAAAAUCCGCGCCAAACAGGCGGCCAAAGCUUUGGAGGCGAUGACUCGGCGUCCCUCACAGGACCAGGAGGCCACCAAGUACUCACGUUUGCCCGAAUUGGCCAGACAUCUGAGGAAUGUCUUUGUCACCGAGCGAAAAGGCGUACUCACCCUGGAAGUGAUCAUCAAGAAGAUCCAGAACAGCUUCCGGGCCAACCUCACGCCGGAGGAGAUCGAGGCGCAUCUAAAGCUGCUCGCCAAGGAGCUGCCCAGCUGGGCAUCAUUCCAUGAGGUGCGCAAAACCAUGUACCUCAAGGUCGCCAAGGACAUGGACAUGAACCAGAUCAUCGAGAAGCUGGAGAGCGUGGCGAACGCAAAGAGCAAUUGAACCGGAUACACGGAAACGCAACCAGGACGCGGGACUCCGUCGAGCAAUGACCCUGUGGCUACAUCCAGAUAUAUAUUUAAGUACUUGUUUAACUAGCUAGCCAAUACAUAACAAAAACAAACGGAUUAGGCUAAGCUCCUUGUGCUCUAACCAUUCUGACAUUUUUAUACUGAACAAGCACCUUGACAACCGCCUGGAUUGGAUUCAUCACAUUUACCCAAGCAAUUAUUAUUACUAUUCUUUUUGGACCAAGCGUUUAUACAUUCAUACAUAUAUUGUAGUUUUAAGAUCAUUUUUCAUGUUGUACCACGUUGAAUAAAUAAAUAUUUUUGCUGGAAAA